UAUAUCACGAGGGUCAGCUGUACGACAGGCCAUCCACAGAGGAGAGAAGCUGUGACAUGGUACAGAGAUCUAACGUCGUAUUGGCUUAUUUCCCCGCUUCUGGUAUUGAGGAAGGAUUUCUUCGCCAUUUGUAGGCAACAGUUAUGGUAACUUACAUCGUAUGUACCGACAUGAUUAUUUCUCCAAGUGGUUUUAGAUGCUUGGCUUGAUUGUGAAAUAUAAACUCCUCGUUCGUUGAAUGCAUCCAACGUUGUCGCCUACCUCCAAAUAUGGGCUCCAAGCAUCAUGCAGCGCUCGGCCCUAUCGUAGGGCAAAACCCGGCUCUUUACCCCUCACUUGAGACGAAACUGUCAGGUCGAUAUGUCUCGGUUGUGGGAAUGUCGAGCGAAGAUAUCCUGCCACUGUAUCCACACAUAUCUGGUGACGAGAAUGCUCACGCUUGGGAUUAUAUGUUCGACGGACCAUUCCAGAAGCCAUCGGACUUUGAAGCGGUCAUGAAAGCCGAGUUGGAGAACCCAGAGCUCAUCAUCUAUGCGAUUAUCUCGGCUGAUCAACCGAUUACCCCAAACGGUACCCAUAAUAUCAUAGGGUGUGCCAGCUAUAAUCAUUCCGACCCCAAAAAUCGCACUGUCGAGGUCGGUGUUCUGAUGUCCCCAAAGGUGCAACGAACCCCUGCUACAACCGAGGCCAUGUACCUGAUGGCGAAACACGCAUUCGAAGAUUUGGGCUACCGUCGAUAUGAGUGGAAAUGCGACUCUCUCAAUACGCCAAGCUACAAAGCUGCAUUGCGACUGGGUUUCACUUUCGAGGGUACAUUCAGACAGCACAUGAUUAUAAAGGGGCGCAAUAGAGAUACUGCGUGGUUUUCGAUUGUCGAUGGCGAGUGGCCUGCGAUCAAGAGUGCAUUUGAAGCAUGGUUAGACCCUCCAAAUUUUGAUGAAAGCGGCCUACAACGAAAGAGGCUGGAAGACUUUAGAAACAAAUAAGAUCUAAUAGGUUGAUUCGACAAUUUGGUAUUCUGUAUGGGCUGAUACGGAUGUUGAGAAAUCUCACACUUUACUUUUCCUCUCCCACGAACGACGACAGUCUGGAUAGAGCUGUGGCUAGUAGUUAUUCUGGGUCUAGUAUAUAAUUAUGCUAGGCAAGCAUUCAAGGGCUCCUAGAUCUUGAUUGAAGACUUCAGGAAUCAUUGCUGUUACUCCUGUACGCCCCUCGCGGCUGACCAAAUGAUCGCUUAUCUUCGCUCUAACGUAGGGUUGCACUC